AUGCCUAUGUUGGCCCUUCAGCAUGAGGCCUACAGCAUGCUGAUGUUUGCUGGGUCCUACAGCAUCCUGGCUGUCUUGGGUGAGGUCUGGAGAGCUUCUUGUCAUCAACGUUCUUCAUCAUCCCUUGUACGGGAAAAUUAUUUCUGGAACAUUGAGGAGGGGGACCAAGAACCUGCUCCACAGCUUGAGGAGGGGGACCACGAACCUGCUCCACAGCUUGAGGAGUGGGACCACGAACCUGCUCCACAGCUUGAGGAGGGGGACCAAGAAGCUGUUCCACAGCUUGAGGAGGGGGACCACGAACCUGCUCCACAGCUUGAGGAGGGGGACCAAGAAGCUGUUCCACAGCUUGAGGAGGGGGACAAAGAACCUGCUCCACAGCUUGAGGAGGGGGACCAAGAAGCUGUUCCACAGCUUGAGGAGGGGGACCAAGAACCUGCUCGACAGCUUGAGGAGGGGGACCACGAACCUGCUCCACAGCUUGAGGAGGGGGACCAAGAAGCUGUUCCACAGCUUGAGGAGGGGGACCAAGAAGCUGUUCCACAGCUUGAGGAGGGGGACCAAGAACCUGCUCCACAGCUUGAGGAGGGGGACCACGAACCUGCUCCACAGCUUGAGGAGGGGGACCAAGAACCUGCUCCACAGCUUGAGGAGGGGGACCACGAACCUGCUCCACAGCUUAAGGAGUGGGACCACGAACCUGCUCCACAGCUUGAGGAGGGGGACCAAGAAGCUGUUCCACAGCUUGAGGAGGGGGACCAAGAAGCUGUUCCACAGCUUGAGGAGGGGGACCAAGAACCUGCUCCACAGCUUGAGGAGGGGGACCACGAACCUGCUCCACAGCUUGAGGAGGGGGACCAAGAAGCUGCCCCACAGCUUGAGGAGGGGGACCACGAACCUGCUCCACAGCUUGAGGAGGGGGACCACGAACCUGCUCCACAGCUUGAGGAGGGGGACCACGAACCUGCUCCACAGCUUGAGGAGGGGGACCACGAACCUGCUCCACAGCUUGAGGAGGGGGACCACGAACCUUCUCCACAGCUUGAGGAGGGGGACCACGAACCUGCUCCACAGCUUGAGGAGGGGGACCAAGAAGCUGCCCCACAGCUUGAGGAGGGGGACCAAGAAGCUGCUCAACAGCUUGAGGAGGGGGACCAAGAAGCUGCUCAACAGCUUGAGGAGGGGGACCAAGAACCUGCUUCACAGCUUGAGGAGGAGACCAAGAACCUGCUCAACAGCUUGAGGAGGGGGACCAAGAAGCUGCUCAACAGCUUGAGGAGGGCAUCAGGCGCCUUCCUUGACCAGUCCUUCUUGGAGGUCCGCCCGGACCCGCCGCUCGGACCUACCGCUCGGACUCGCCGCUCGGACCCACCGCUCGGACCCACCGCCCGGACCUACCGCUCGGACCUAUCGCUCGGACCCACCGCUCAGACCCGCCGCUCGGACCCACCGCUCGGACCCGCAGCUCGGACCCGCCGCUUGGACCCAAAGUUCGAGUUCGAUCCUCCUAUGCAAGAGUUCCACUGCGACCGUAGAACUGGUGCCGAAGCCCAUCAUUGGGUUCCCACCCUCUCACGGGGCGUGGAUUUCCAAGGUUACGAACCCGUGUUUUAG